UGCUGUUGCCGAAGUUCGGGAUCUCCAUCUGCAGUGUCUGGGCCAUGGCAGCGGCUGCGCCGUGGCCGCGCUCCGGGGGGUCCCGGCGGGCUCCGCAGCGGCGGCUGGGGCCGGGCCUGGGCCCGGGGCGCGCCCCGCUGCGCCGGGGCCUCGGCCUCCGCCUCCGCGGCCUCCGCGGCCUCCGCCUCAGCAGCAGCGGCAGCCGCGGCGGCCAUUCAUUGUGGGCCAGGCCGCCCCAGCCGAGCGCCGAGCGAGCGCAAGCCGCGCCGCCGCCGCAGCCAGGCCAGGGAGGAGCGGCCCCGGCCCCGCCCGCGCACCGCCCUCGGGCCCCGCCCUCCAGGCGAGGCCAGCAGAGUUCCGAGCGCGCCCCUUCUAACCGGCUCAGUUUCCUCUCUAUGCCCCUGGGGGGAUCCUCGCCAGUACGUCGGCUCAGCUCGAUGGUUCGAAUCCCGACCCCGCCACCUUCUAGUCCCGCGACCUUGGGCAAGUCGCUCUACCUUUCCGAACUUUAGUUUCCUGUAAAACAAAAACAAUAAUGACUGCUGUUUAUUGUGGCAGGCACUGCGUUACGUUCUUUAUGGGAAUUAGCUCGUUUAAACUACACAGUAACAUUUUUUAGUGAGAACUGUUACAGACACACUAUAGAAAAUAAAGGCAGCUGGGCGCGGUGGCUCACGCCUGUAAUCCCAGCACUUUGGGAGACCGAGGUGGGUGGAUCGCCUGAGGUCAGGAGUUCGAAACCAGCCUGGCCAAUAUGGUGAAACUCUGUCUCUACUAAAAAUACAAAAAUUAGCCGGGCGUGAUGGCAUGCGCUUGUAAUCCCAGCUACUCGGGAGACUGAGGCAGGAGAAUCGCUUGCACCCAGGAGGCGGUGGUUGCCGUGAGCCGAGAUCAUGCCACUGCACUCCAGCCUGGGCGAGACUCCGUCUCAAAAAAAAAAAAAAAAAGAAAGAAAGAAAAGGAGGCACAGAGAAAUGAAGAAAGCUGGUCAAGAUCAUCACACAGCAAGGAAGUGAUGGCAGGUGCCAGGAUUUAAACACAGGCUCAAAAGCGACAAUAAGAGCUAAGACUUUUAUGAUGCUUACUUACCGGAUGCUAGGUUCUGUUAGCAUUUUACCUGCACUAACUCGUUUACUUCUCACUACAACCUAGUAACAAAUGGUAAAAAAAGUUCUGCCCAUUUUGCAAAAGCGGUAACUUAAGUUCAGAGUUAACAAGUCGCAGGGCGAGCUGAGACUGGAACCCAGGUAGCCGGGACCACUUCGCUGUCCUACCUUCAUACACUGGUUAGAACUUUACCGAGCGCUUACAAUGUUAGAGUGGUUCUUUGCACACUUUCCAGGAAUCUGUCAUUUAAUCUUUGCUCUAUCUGAGAAACCACGAUUCUCAUUUAAUAGGUAAG